UAAAUCAGCCCCAACAAGUCCGAGCAAAAUGCAGCUGGCUGGUGACUGAUAGUCAGAACAAAGAACGGUCAUCACACGACCUUUGAAUAUUCGCUCUGUUAAAUGAACUGAGCCUUAACGUUUUGGUCCCAGUGGCCAUGUGACAUUACAAGGAAAAAUCUCAUCCUCGACUGGUAGAGCAAACGCUCCUUUUACUUCACCGCAGAAUGGCUUUCACAACAUCUAGUCAACCAAGAUCGAUAAUAAUUCUCGAAUUGGCUAUCUUCCUAACCGUGUUUUUAAUCAACGAGAGUGUGACCGCCAAGUUUACUGCCCACUUCAUUACAAAACCCAAGAAAAAGGAAAUAUUCGUAGGAGAUUCGGUUCAAUUCGACUGGGACUAUAAAGACGAAGACAACCAAGUAAAGAGCGUGUUAUUUGGAAAAUCGAAUGAUGCAGUUGGAAGCACGUCAAUGAAUUAUUUGAAAAAGCAGCCCGGUCAGGACUUCGUCACUUAUAUUUAUCGACCGGCCCAGAAGCUAGGCAUAACGGCAGUACAAGGAAAGCGAGCCAGUUUUGCGAUAGCAAACGUUAAAUUAAAUUACACUGGAUAUUAUUUUUGCUUCUUAAACCCGGUUUCUUGGACAAUGUCUGGCAAACGAGAUAUUGUAUUUCUGAAAGUUGUAGAUCUUCAAAUUGAUGAAAAGCAAUCAGACGAUGUGGUAGAAUCCUGGCCAGACCAACAGAUUUCUCUAGCAUGUUCCGUCAGGGUAACCGAUAAUACACAGGUAGAAUUCUCAUGGCAACAAAAGCCUAGCAACCGGACUAUGAGUCGUGGGAAACAUGUGGACGCCAACAGGGAGAGUAUUUUGAAAUUAAUUACUUCAACUGACGAUAAAUUCAGCACAUAUACUUGUAUCGCCAAGACGAAGAAGACAGUUAAGGAGCAUAAUAUUCUUGUGAAGCGACUAUAUGGACCAGGAGCACCAGAAAACCUACAAUCGCAGCUUACAUUUAACAAAGCCAAAGGAGAAAGUUAUUACAAGUUAUCAUGGACUAAACCGAAAUCAAACGGUGGUGCUAAAAUUACAAGAUACAUCAUAGAAUACAAGCCUGAAGGAAUAGGAUGGGACAAAGCUACAAGAGCUAGUAGUAAUAACUUARAACACACUAUGAUGAAUCUGAAAGAAGGGAAGACCUAUGAUAUAAGAGUACGGGCUUUGAAUAAAGUCAAUGAAGGAGACCCUUCUAAUGAAAUUCAAAUCAAACUUGAUCCCUACAGCCCCAACAAAGAAGCAAGCAGUAACAGCUCCAAAGACACCAGCACACCACAAUGGCUAUACCUCAUGACUAUAGCCCUUGCCCUGCUCAUCAAGUCGAUGGUACUGUCUGAAUGAUUAUGUCGAGAAACAAUUAUAAAGCUCCUUACUCUUGGUGAAUCAAGUAUAAAAACAAGCAGUGGUCCAAAACAUGUAUACGCACACAUAAAAAAAGAGAAAGAGAAAUUUCAAAGGUGAAUCAAAAAGGAAAGCAUGAUAAUUAGACCUUGAUAACGUUUGAUUAGACAGGGAGAAACUUGCACUUGGAAGUCAAAAUCCACCACAGUUGGUGCUGUUUGGAACUUCAAUGUAAAUACAUGUAUAUUCUUAGAUUAGAUUUAUUGGAAGAGUACAUUUUAUUCUAUAGAUUACCAACACUGAUACAGCCUGGUUUCUACAUGAUCAGUCAUAAUCACCUAAUCAAUCAUAAUCGCCAGAUGGCUAAUGAUACCAGAAAAAAUCAUUGAUGAUUAUAUCAGCAGCUGAGAGCAAUUAGUUCUAUCUACUGCAAUCAAUCAUCGGCUACUGUUGGUGAUAAUAAAUAUGUAUCUUAGUAAUUUGAGCAAUCAAGGAUUUGUAUGUGAUCAUGAAAAUAAGAGAGGUCUGAUGUAACAGUUCAAAAGAGUCUGAUAUCCAGUGCACCUAGGAACUCACCCUCAUUGUGAUUAUAAGUGAGAUUGCAGACAUGUAGCUAAUUAACCAGCAAUGUCAUACUGUAUAUUCUAAGUACGACGUGGUAGCAAAUAUUGAUCAGAAAUUAGGACAAAAGCUUGAGGAGUAUUCAGUGCACGCAUGAGGCACAACCCUUAGUUUUCAUAUACCCCAAAAAGGCAGAUGGCAUCAAUUAUUUUAGGAAGGAACUGAUAUGCAACUAUGGAGCACUGUGGAAGUGUAAGAGGUGUAAAAAGUGCACCGUCCCAUGGGACACACCCCUAACAUUUGUCCCUGUAUAUAGCUAUUUCAAUAAAAAGUUGUCAGAGUAAAACAGUGAUUGCACGACCAAGAGUUAAUGUGGGCAUUAAGGUUGCAUACCAAAUAAAUCACCAUUGCAAUCACCAUUAUUGAAUUGCCUUUCAUGCAUGAUUGCCGACAAUAAUCCACGCUCAUAGUAUAUUAAACUUUCAGUCAUGCAUUCGCUCUUUGCUAUGACAACCUUUUUUGAAAUAGCUAUAGUUAAUAAUUGAACAAAGAAUAACAAAGACUUAGUUAGUUAUAGUAACCUCAUUUAUCUAACAAGGGGCAUUUCAUAUGAGAGGUUGCCUGAAGAGAGUGUCCAUGUCGAGAUAAUAACUUUUUUGUUCUCUUUUCCAUGAGGGACACUCGAAACCAUUGGAAAAAAUAAUCUCAUAAGAGGUACGUAUAGAGGUGCUCUCAACCAUGAACAUGUAGCACUUGAAGAAAAAUUAUAAAAAGUAUAUUAUGAUGUAAAAGUUUACUUAACCAAAAAUGUUUCAGUUCAAUCUCAAAUAGUAAUUAAGGAUAAUAAAUUAUCCAUGUUCAUCUAGUAAAACUAAAUAUAGAUGAUUUGAGUAUGUUAAUGUUGUGUAUUUUAUAUAAUAAUCUACAAGGUUGAGUUCAAAAAAAUUUUGAAUAAGGAUUUAGAAUUAAAAAUUUAACUUUUUACUUAAAUAUAAUUUUUUUAACAUACAUUGAAAAUUUAACUUGACAAUAACAUUAAUUCAGGUGUUUUGAAUACAUUACUUUUGCCAAGUUUUAUUCUUUUCAACUCAUUUUGUAGUAGAGCCCCUGACAUUUUAGGGCUAUAGAUCUCUCGAGUUGUGGUAGAAGCAGUAACGUUGAUAUUUUGAAUCAAAAAUUACUAGUUGCACAAAGUUUGGAAUUUGAAUUCUUGGUUUUUAAUAAUAAAAUGCGAUUCUUGGAAAUAGAAAAACAAAAUGGCAGAUUUAGUUUUUUAUUAAGUUUUUUAGAACAUUUAUCAUAAUCAUAAUAGUUGAUCUAUUAAACAUUUUUAUGGUGUUAUUUAUAAUAAUUACAAUUAUAAAUACAAUUAUUGUAUCAGUUCAAAUGCAAUAAUAGCAAAUGAAUAUAAUUACAUUUCUCUUUGUGAGCAGAUGCACAGCUAAUAUUUCCGAGAAUGUUCUAACAGCCCCUUUUUUAAUUUACACUGGCAAUUUUUUUUUGCAAUUUUCCAAGCAAUUUUCAAAAAUAUUAAUAUAGAAUUUGUCUUAUCCUUCCGAGAUAUAUUGUUUUUAAAAUUAGCUCAUCUAAGUGUACUGAAUAAAAGUUUACAAGUUAAUUCUUUGCAUUAUUUGAUAUUCUCAAGGAUCAAAAUUGCCAGUGUAAACAGGUCUUACCAGUAAUACUUUUAUGUGAAAUGUUGUAUAGCAUUGUAUUAAAUAGCAUAUUCAAAUAGUAUGGGAAUUAACCAAACAGUCUACCUUAGCAGUUCUCUAUCUUGGAAGAAGUUAAUCAUGUCUUAGUAUCAAAGCGAGGUGGCUGCUGUGCCUUAUAAGAACAUUUAUGACUGCCCAUUAUCAUGAAAAAAGGUGUUCAUUGAACACAAACACUGCCAUCUUGCUUUGACUUUAAGCCAUAACUACUUUAAGUUUAAACUAGUCUGCCGUUUUGCACGGCAGUCUAUACUUGCCGAUUUAUCUCACAACUCAACCAUAGUAAAAUUCCUCUAAGAAACUGGAAAAAACUCUAGUAAGAUUACACAUACUUUAAUAUAUUAUCAUAUAAAUAUAUUUAGGAAAGAAUUCACACAAGAAUUGAAGUGUAGCUGUACAUUUUAACAGAGCAUCCAGGGUACAUGACUGGACUACAUGCAUUAGCAUGUGUAACUUUGAUAGCCUGCAGUAUUUACCUUAUCGUUCUGAUUAUUAGAAAUGUAUGAUGAUGAAAAGAUUGUUAAUAAAAGAAACCAAUGAUACA